ACCUGCAACAAGGUAUAUUUUUCAUUAAAUAAAACUAAAAUAAAAUUGAAUUAAUUUUACAAAACACAAUCAAAAUAAAACUUCAUUCCAGUAAUUAGCUAAUUUGGAAAAGCUGGCAGAAUGAAAUAACUACAGUGAAAAAUAAAAAUAAAAUAUGCGAUAAAUAUUUGGACACCAUCCAAAAAGAAUACAGUGCAGUUUGUACUUAGCAGUAAUUAGUACAAACAAGAGAGAAGCACGCUACAACCAAGUGAAAAAGUUAUCCGAAAUUGAAAUUAUUAAAAAAUAAUAUUUAUACGAAAAAUUAAACAUUAUAAUGUAAAUUCAAUUCAAGAAUGUAUUAAUCACUAAGCAAGGAAUUAGUAGCAGAAAAUAUACCAAAUAAUAGUUAAAUAAAAAGGAAAGCUAUUAACUAAUAAAAACAAUAUAUUGCACAAAACGAAAUGGAAGACCAUCUAACAAAAUAUAUUAUUUACAAUAAAACACCAAAAAAUCGGCUCAAUGUGGAUUAUGAUACAAUGAAAACUCAAACGAAGGAAAGUGAAGAAAAGGGAUUGUUUGACAAACGGCUACUUCUUCUGUCGCCUGAUUUGGGAAAUGCAGAACGAGUACUGUAUGCUCGUAACAAGUACCCGCCGGGGUCCAAGCCUGCGGUCGUAGGAGGCAAGCCCAUUACCGAAGAACUGGCUAUGGAACUUCGCCUGACCAUCUUCGGAACGGCGUCUUGUCCCCCGCGUGGAGAGUGGGUCCGUUCUCCCCUCGUCAUGAGACCGGCAGACCAACCACUUGGCUACGGCCUCGCUGCUCCUCGUAACGGAUGCAGGUCUCUGUUGGCUGGUCUUCAAGCUCACAUCAUCAAGUGGCUUCUGUUUGACUCCAGGCCUAUUGCUAAAGAUAAUAAGAGUUCUUUACCGCCUGACACCUACCUUCGGCCUUCAGAAGAGCGCCAAGACGAAGCGACAUGGAGGGCUUGCAGUGAGAUCAUUUGGCGGUGCGCUGGCGGCUUCAAUCCCCAACCGGGAGUAGAACCCACGGCUAUCAUAGCGCUACCCACUGAUAACAGCUACGUGCCUCACAGCACUCAGUAUUACCAAGAUCAGAUUACCGAGACGGUAGGUGGUGCGUUGCUGCACUUAUUUGAGUUCAAGAAUUUGGAAGAUGUUCAGAUCUUCGUGAAACGAUAUCUUCACUUGUUUCAAGCGGAAGAAGGGCCUGGAGCUUUGUUGCUGCUAUAUGCUGUGGUUCUUACGCGAGGGUGUGAAAAUGUCAAGAAGGAUCUAGAUGGAAAGCUGACGUACUUGGUGUCUUCUCACGUGGAGGGUUCCCUGAACAUCGUGACCCUCAUUCUGACCGGGCGAGCUACUCCGUAUCUUCACAAUGGAGUUGUUUACGUCGGUGAUGAGGAUCAUUACGCAAUGCCUCAAUUUGGAGUGUUAUCCCGAAGUCCAGUGGGGUUGCUGGUGUGGUAUGGUGGAGACGAAUCUGGAUCCAAGAACAUCAAUAAGUCCAACCCUGGAUCCCGACUGAAGACUCCAGCUUUGCCUAUUUGGGUAACAAGUUGCGCAGGACACUAUGGGAUACUAUUUAAUACCAACCGCGAGCUUCUUAGAAACUACCACGCUGAACGACGGUUCGACAUCCACUACUACACGUGUGGUGGUUGCCACGUGCUGCUCAAUGUUGACACUCGUGCGCACGACGAGUCAUCCAGUACCAUGAGAAACGACGACAUCAGUGCUACUCCGCUUGAGAAACUUAUACAUACCAAGUGGCAAGACGCUAAGAUCACUUGGACCGGACCUGGACCUACCGAAACUCCAAAAUAAAGACACUUUU